AUGAAAAUUUUUAGUUUAAAUUUUCAGGAUUAAGAAAUGGAACAUGAAUAUUAGAAGGAAAUUACAAGCAUAUAUAAAAACUAUUAAAAAACUCAGAAAUGGAUCGUUUUGCCUUUGGUAGUAUUUCAGAUUUCAAUAAAAAUCAUGAGAGAGGAUUGGCUCUUAUUAACAGUGCUACUAUUAUGUAGUUUACUUUAUGCGUUAAACCUCAAAUGUACUUCCUCAUCCAACAGAUACUUUAAAGACUUAUUACUGUUUAUGUCGUUAGUCUUGUAUAACUUUUUCUUCCCCUAUAAUUCAGUAUUUUAAAAGAAGGAGUUGUAACUCUAGACAUAUUCUUUGGAUGGAUAUUUUCAAGCUUUAACAAUUUUGGCUUUAAUGAACACACUAAGCUAUUCCAAGAAGCAAUUGAUCCUUGUAGUAAUUUUCACAUUUCAAAUUACGAUAUUUAGAAAUCCAAAUAUUUAAUUGUGGGAAUAAGUAGUUUUGCAUAUUUUUGAAUUAUGUAUAUACAUACACUAUUGUUAUUGUUUUGAAAAUUUCAGGAGGAAAGUAUUUAUUUAAGCAAAUACUUAAAAAAUUUUAGAAGAUAACAUACAAACUUAUAAUGACAUUGAAAGUUUUAUCAUCAGUUAUAAUCCUCCCAAGAACAAGUUGAUCUUAAUGUAAAAGAAUAGGUAGUAGCAAAUUACAGAGUAGAUUCAGGAUGAGUUUAUUGACAAAAUAAGAAACACAAAAGUCUCAUCAUAUGACUCAAAGAGAAGAUUUACUUAAUUUACAUCACAAGAGGUGUUGGAAAAUUAGGCUAACAUGACACUAGAGAAUUUUUUGUUUUAUGAAUUUACUAAUAAAAAGAAAUACAUCAUGCAUUUAAUUCAUUAAUCAGAAUCAAAUAAUUCAUAUUUAUUGAAGGGAUUUCUAUAUCAAGAAAGCUACACAAUUAAGGUAGUGAAAAUAUAUUAAGAAAAGCCAUGUGCUUUAGUGUUAUUGAUUGAAAAUAAGAAGGAUAAUGUUAUUGAUCAACUUAAUUUAAGAAAUAAGAUAGCAAUGAAGGCAUUAGAUUAGAUUGGAGAUGUGUUUAGAGAAUAUGUAAAACCAAGUUUAAUUUCUUUCUAAUGGAUUUAUAAUAACAAAUAGAAAAUUAAAAAUAUUGUAUUCAUUAAUAAAUUAUUAAGAAAAGUAAAUAGCAAUUUAUUGAAAUGCUAUAAUGAUUUUUCAAAUAUUCAGGAUUACUUUAGCAUAAACAAAGAAUUUUAACGCUGUUUAAUUCAGAAAUUUGACAUUAAAGAAUUUAUUGAGUAGAUUUAGUAACAUGUAGUCAGAUAUUUUGGAGAUGAUAAAGGGAUAUUUUUCACAAUAGAUUGUAAAAUUCCGGAUACUUAUGUAAGACAGGACUAGAGAUAGCUGAAGCAAUUAUUUUUAAACCUAUUUUUUUUUAUUUUAGAGAAGCAAUCAGGAUCAAAAAAUAGUCAUCCUAAUUAUGUGCAUAUCACUUUGGUUUAAGAAAAAGAUGAAUCUAAUCAAUAGAUGUCAAUUAAAAUAAGGAUUGAUUAUGAAGGUCAUCAUUUGAGUAAAGCUGCAAUAAAUAGUUUACCCAUUAUCAAUCCUUAAACCAUCGGAGAGUUGAAACAUAAUAGUUAAAAGGCUUUUGACUUGCUAUUGCCUAUAUCAUUGUUGAUUAUCAGGAAGAUUGGACCACAUGAUAAAUUGACUCUUAAACAAAACAGAAUGAAUAGAAACUUUAUGGAGUUUUAAAUAUUUAAUGCUCUUGAAGAGAAUUAUCAUCUCUUGCCUAUAAUUUCAUUUUAUCCUAAGGACAAUAUACUAACAACAUCAAGUUUGGCCAAGCACUACUCUGAAUACUUUGAUCAGGUUCCAAUCGUGUAAUUAAAUUCGAUUCAGGAAUUCUGA